AUGUCUUCAGUUUCCUCCAAACGCAGAUUCAGAUCUCCUGCUUCACCUACUCCGGCCGCCGCUUCUCCGCCCUGCCGGAAAUCCCCUCGCCACUGCAUCGCUGCAUCUCCCAAUUCUGUACCGUCUGUAGUUCGCAAACUCAUCACCGAUGAGAAUCUAAUCGAGUCAGCAGCGAAAUCCAAAUGGAAUCCCAAAGAUGGAGAGCAAUUGCGGAUUGUGAAGGAGGUGUUACACUUGUCUACUGCACCGUCCACCAUAGUGUGUCGUGAGGAGGAGCAAGAUGUGGUGUUAGGGUUUUGUAAAGGUUCUGUUGAGCAUGAAAAGGCUGGGAGUCUUUAUAUAUGUGGGUGUCCUGGAACUGGAAAAUCGUUAUCUAUGGAGAAAGUUAAAGUGAAUUUACUCAAUUGGGCUACGCAGGCAGGAUUGCCAUUGCCGGAUGUUUUAUCUGUAAAUUGUACAUCUCUGUCAAACACAUCUGAUAUUUUUGCAAAGAUACUUGGGUUACACAAAACCCUGGGGAAGAAGGGUUCAGGCACGGCCUUGCAGCAACUUCAGAAUAUGUAUUCUCAUAAAUCGCAGACAAAGAACAUGAUAUUGAUAGUAGUGGAUGAAUUAGAUUAUCUUAUAACCAAAGACAGAGCUGUGCUCCAUGAUCUUUUCAUGCUUACCACUUUCCCGUUUUCCAGAUGUAUACUCAUAGGUGUAGCUAAUGCAAUUGAUCUAGCAGAUCGAUUUCUUCCAAGGCUUACUGCAUUAAAUUGCAAGCCUACUGUUGUAACUUUUCGAGCAUACACAAAAGAUCAGAUCCUUCAGAUUCUGAAAGAAAGGCUAAAUGAACUUCCUUACACUGUCUUCCAACAACAAGCAUUAGAACUAUGUGCCAGGAAAGUUGCCGCUGCUUCUGGAGAUAUGCGAAAUGCUCUUUCCAUAUGCAGGAGUGCAAUUGAGAUGUUAGAAGCAGAAAUUAGAGAUUCUGCUUCCAAUUUAAAUGCCUUAGAGGAGAAAUCAUCCUCAGAACAAAAUCUUCCUACAGCUCUGGAUGAUAUAAAAAAACAUGAACUUGAUAUGGUAAGGAUUGAUCAUAUGGCUCUUGCAUUGUCCAAAACAUAUAGAUCACCAGUGGUGGAUACAAUACAAUCUCUGCCGCAUCAUCAACAGAUUAUACUCUGCUCUACAAUGAAACAUUUCCGUGGAGCCAAGAAAGACUCAAUCCUUGGCGAGUUAUAUAAAUCUUAUGCGGUGAUAUGCAAAUCAUCACUAAUUCCCCCAGCUGGAAUUAUGGAAUUUUCAAACAUGUGCAGAGUGUUAAAUGACCAGGGCCUUAUAAAACUAGGACAAUCCCGGGAUGAUAAAUUGAGAAGAGUGACACCUAAAGUAGAUGAAGGCGAUAUUACUUUUGCAUUGCAGGGAAUCCGCUUUUUUCGAAAUUGUCUUCAAUGA